AUGAUCUCCUUCUUCGCGCGGUGCACCGGACUCCACCGGAAAACAAAAGCGACAUACACGGAAAAACGCGCUCAUGUUGAUCUACCAUGUGCAUGGGCGGCCCCUGAAAAUGCACUAAUAUUCCAGGGCUUUGAGUGGCAUGUCCCUGCGGAUCAAUCCCAUUGGAAUCGUUUGCGACAUGCGCUGUCAGAUCUAAAAAGUAUUGGUGUUGAUCAAAUAUGGGUUCCGCCGGGAUGCAAAGGAAUGGAUCCGGCGGGGAAUGGCUAUGACAUUUACGAUCUGUUUGAUCUUGGAGAGUUUGAUCAAAAAGGAUCUAUUUCCACAAAAUGGGGAAGUAAGAAGGAGUUGGUGGAUUUUAUCCGAGAGGCACGUUCUCUAGGCAUUGGUAUCGUUUGGGAUGCUGUUCUCAAUCAUAAGGCUGGUGCGGACUUUCCGGAGCGGUUCAAGGCUAUUCAAGUGGAUCCAAAAGACGUGGAUGGCUGGGUAGGCUUUGACUUUUCUGGUCGCGGAGAAGCUUACAGUUCUAUGAAAUAUCACUGGCAACAUUUCACCGGUGUUGACUGGGAUGAUAAGAGCAAGCAGCAAGCGAUUUACAAGAUUGUUAAGCCUGGGAAAGGAUGGGCUUCGGAUGUCUCCACGGAGAAUGGGAAUUAUGACUACCUAAUGUUUGCAGAUCUAGAUCACUCCCAUCCCGAAGUCCGGCAAGAUCUUCUCAACUGGGGAACAUGGAUUACGGAUGAAUUAUCGCUCAGUGGCAUGAGGCUCGACGCAGCCAAGCAUUUCUCGACAGAAUUUCAGAAAGACUUCGUGGCCCAUGUACAGAAGACUUCGAACCAGGGGUUUUUCGUGAUUGGCGAAUAUUGGACUGGUUAUUUGCCUGCGCUGCUUGAUUAUCUGGAUAAGCUUGGGCACACUAUCACAGCUUAUGAUGUGCCGCUGCUUGAGAACUUCUCAAGGAUAUCUCAUGAACGCGCGGCUGACCUUCGUGGUAUCUUUGACAAUACGCUGGUGCAGUGUAGGCCUGAUCAUGCCGUGACAAUUGUUUCAAAUCACGAUACGACUCCAAUCGCCCCAAACUUCAAAUUGAUAUCAUAUGCAUUGAUCUUACUUCGAAAAGGGGGUUUCCCAUGCUUAUUCUAUGGUGAUGUGUACGGGAUACGAGCCAAUGUCCCAGACCCGAUGACACCCGCCGGUAAUGGAAAGCUCCCCAUACUCGCCAAGGCACGAAAACUAUAUGCCCAUGGACCCCAGAAAGACUAUUUUGACCAACCAAACUGCAUCGGAUUUACCCGUGGUGGCACAGUCGCAUCCCCGGGACUUGCGUGUAUCAUCAGCAAUGCAAGGUCUAGCCGGAAACGAAUGUUUAUUGGUCGAGAAAACACGAGCCAGACGUGGGUUGAUAUACUUGGCCAUCAGUCUACGUCCGUUGUGAUCGAUCGACGGGGCUAUGGUAUUUUCCCAGUGGGUGCGAUGAGUGUUAGUGUUUGGGUUGACUCUGCUGCGGUCAAUCUGGAGGCAAUCCAAAAGGAGUUUAACUUGGACAUUUUCGAUAUUAAUUAA